AUGCUGCUCCGGUCCCGGCGGCCGCCUCCGCUCGCGCCGCUUUCGCCCGCGCCGCCUUCGCCGGCCGACUCGGCGGCCGAGCCGCUGCCCCCGGCCGGGGGGACCCCGGGGACCCCGCCCCGGAGCCGGGCUCCGCCGAGCUCGCCGUCGGGCGGCUCGCCGCGCUCGCUCGGGUCGCCCGGGUCGCCCGUGUCCCCGGGCUCGGCGCGGCGCACGCCCUGGAGCGCCUGGGAGACGGAGCUGCUGCUGGCCGAGCUGCUGCAGCCGGCCGUGUGGCGGGCGCUGCUGCUGGACCGGCGCCAGUCGCUGCCCACCUACCGCCGCGUGUCCGCCGCGCUGGCCCAGCGGCAGGUGCGGCGCACGCCCGUGCAGUGCCGCCGCCGCUACAAGUUCCUCAAGAACAAGGUCCGCGAGGACCAGCCGCCCGGGCCCUUCGACGCGCAGAUCCGCGAGCUCAUGGGGCUGCUGGGCGACGACAGCCGGCGCGGACGGGCCCGCCGCCGCCCCGCGGGCCCGGGGCGCCCCCAGCGCGGCCGCCGCUCCGCGCCCUCCGCGUCCGCGCCAGCCCCGGACGAGCCAGAUGCUGAGCCGCCGCCGGCCGCCGCCGCCACCCUGGACGCCGACCCCGCCGGAGCGCCCGAGCCGUCCACGCCCCACGCGGCGGACCGCGGCCGCCUUCCCGCCUCCCCUCGGCCCCCCACCCCCACAGCCUACGGCCCCCCGGGCCCCGAGCCCGGGCGCUCCCCCGGCUCCCCGCCGCUGCCGGACCCCGCCCCCGCCCCGGAAGACCCCGCCCCGCCGCCCGGCCUCCCCGCGGACCGCUCGCCCCCGCCGGCCGCCGCGCCGUCGCUGAACGCCGCCCUGCUGCAGACCCUGACGCACCUGGGCGACAUCGUGGCCGUGCUGGGCCCCCUGCGCGACCAGCUGCUGACCCUGAACCAGCACGUGGAGCAGCUGCGCGGCUCCUUCGACCAGACGGUGUCCCUGGCCGUGGGCUUCAUCCUGGGCAGCGCGGCCGCCGAGCGCGGCGUCCUGGGGGACCCGCGCUAG